UAGUUCCCAGUUCUCACUGGUUGAAUCAUCUAGGAAACACACAGCAGGGAAAUAUUUCAAACAGCACUCUGAAGGCCUGAUGGUGGGCUGGCAGAGUUGGACACAGGCUGCUGGAAGCCGUAGCAGUUUAGUAGGGAAAGGUGGUGAUGAAGAAGAGUCAGGAUGCUGCUUUACAACCUCCAGAAGCCGGAACCGUCCAGUCACAGUCUGUGGGCAGGCGGCCAUAUUUGGUUCUGGCAAGCGAAGGUGGUGGGAGAAGAGCUGAAGACGCACACGCCAUGACUAGUGUUUGCAGGACACAGUCACAGCCUUGGGAGCCGCUAUUCAAGGCUCUAUUUUGCUGCUCCACUCGCUCAAAUGUAAAAUCAAUGGUUGUCCUGGCCUCUUCCUUUCUAUUGUCCCAAAAGUGAGAAGGUCCAAGCAAAGACGCGGAAGUAGGAACGAUCUCCAAUCACGUGAUGCGGGACCAGCAUUGUCGUCACACGACUGCAGACCUGCUGCUACUUGGUUUGGAAAGCUCAGCGGCUCUUAAAGACUGCUGGAGCUGGGACCGGCCAUGGGGCGUUGAUCCUUCCCACCUGCCGCAGACUCUUGCCCCGUCCGAGCCAACUUUGAGCAUUCCCUGGCUCUGGACCCAUCGAGGGACCUGAACUCGAUGCCAUGGGAUGCUGUGCGGGUUCGCGGCGGCACCUUUCGGAUUCCGAGGGGGAGGAGGCCUCCCCGGAGCCCCGAGCCUCUCUGUUGGAGCAUCGGGGAGCCCAGUGGAAGAACGCGGUGGGCUUCUGGAUCCUGGGCCUUUGCAACAACUUCUCUUAUGUGGUGAUGCUCAGUGCUGCCCAUGACAUCCUUAGACAAGAAAGGGCGUCUGGGAAUCAGAGCCAUGUGGCCCCAGAUCCAACGCCCAUCCCCCACAACAGCUCAUCUCGAUUUGACUGCAACUCCAUCUCCACGGCUGCGGUGCUCCUGGCAGACAUCCUCCCCACCCUCCUCAUCAAACUGCUGGCUCCCCUGGGCCUUCAUCUUCUGCCCUACAGCCCUCGGGUUCUCGUCAGCGCCAUCUGCUCUGCUGGGAGCUUCAUCCUGGUUGCCUUUUCGCACUCGGUGGGGACCAGCCUGUGCGGUGUGGUCCUGGCCAGCAUCUCCUCUGGUCUGGGGGAGGUCACCUUCCUCUCGCUCACCGCCUUCUACCCAAGGGCUGUGAUCUCCUGGUGGUCCUCGGGCACCGGGGGAGCAGGGUUGCUGGGAGCACUGUCCUACCUGGCCCUCACUCAGGCUGGCCUCUCCCCUCAGCACACCCUGCUGUCCAUGCUGGAGAUCCCUGGCCUGCUGCUGGCCAGCUAUUUCUUGUUGCUCACAUCUGAGCCCCAGGACCCUGGCAGGGAAGAUGAGGCAGAGACCAUAGCUCGGCAGCCCCUCAUCGGCACAGAGGCCCCAGAGCCGAAGCCAGGCGCCAGCUGGAACCUCUCCCUGCAGGAAAGGUGGACCGUGUUCAAGGGCCUGCUGUGCUGGAUUGUCCCCUUGGUGCUGGUCUACUUUGCCGAGUACUUCAUCAACCAGGGGCUUUUUGAGCUCCUGUUUUUCCGGAACACAUCCCUGAGUCACGCUCAGCAGUACCGCUGGUACCAGAUGCUGUACCAGGCCGGGGUCUUUGUCUCUCGCUCUUCUCUCCGCUGCUGUCGUAUCCGCUACACCUGGGCCCUGGCCCUGCUGCAGUGCCUCAACUUGGCCUUCCUGCUGGCGGACGUGUUGCUAAGCUUCCUGCCGAGCAUGUACCUCGUCUUCCUCAUCGUUCUGUAUGAGGGGCUCCUGGGGGGUGCAGCCUACGUGAACACCUUCCACAACAUCGCCCUGGAGGCCAGCGAUGAGCACCGAGAGUUCGCCAUGGCGGCCACCUGCAUCUCUGACACCCUGGGGAUCUCCCUGUCGGGGGUCGUGGCCUUGCCUCUGCAUGACUUCCUUUGCCACCUCCCCUGACACCAGCUUUCGGGGUGCAGGACACGCUGACCUUCCGACGAGCAGGGCAGACACCCAGUUGCCCAGAGCCCAAAGCGAGCUCUGCCUGGGCCUCCCUGCCAGGCGGGGGUGGGAAGUUGGGGCCUCUGUCUCUCACCUCUCAGCUGGUCCUGGGGAGUUUCUUCUUGGCCUUUUGCCCUCAGUAAAUAUUUUUAUCAGUUGA